CUUCCAUAUGCCAGGGUGCGGCCCUAAAACACCACCACUACCACCACCAAGUAAAAGUCUGAGAUCUUCAGCUUCCCCUCAGUUCUGUACCUUCCAAUCUCUAGGAAGCCAACCUCUCAAAAGGCUCUUCUGAUGCUUAUUUUAUUGGCCUAGACUCUCCUUUGCUGGUCCCUGAUUCACGCAUCCCCAAACUGGCCCUUCCCAGACUCCUCAACACGGAGCAUGUGAAGUUGGGUAGAUUCUAUGCGCCCCAAAUGAGAAACGCCCGCCCCCUCUCCCUUCCUAAUUCCCUUGCUCUGACCGAUUUUAAGCUGAGUGGCAUCCAGACAGAAGCAGAAGUGUUCUGAGGUGAUUCGCUAGGAACACAAGGUACAAUUGGCAAUCCAUUGUGCAAACAAGUGUCUGUUUGCUUUCUCUCCACUUCCCUUGGGUAUUAAGCUUCUUUUGAUUCGUGCUUGUUUCUGGUGAUAAAUAUGGUACCAGCGUCUUUCGUUUAUUCUAAGGAUUACAUGUGAGAAGUAACGGGUGCAAAGCACCCAGUGUGACCAGCGUUCAGUACAGGCUGCCCUUGUUUAGAGAGAAGCAUUUGCAUGCAGAAGAGACAGCUAGGAGGGUUGCCAUUGUGGGGGGAGGUGUGUGCGUGGCCAAGGGGCCUUCCUUCACCAGCCUUUGUGAUACAUUGUUUAUCUUACCUACACCCAGGCAGCCCAGGGGACGCCUGAGAGGUUAACUCCAGCCACACCUCUGCACCAAUCGUGGAGAGUCACAUGAGUGGGAAAUGGAAUAAAAGGACGGUCCACAGCAGGCUUGCAUUCCCACCGCUGGAGGAGGAGGAACGCUCUGUUCUCACCCCCCCAGGGGAACGACCUCAGGUGCCCUGAUUGUAUCUGGGCCUGUCUCUUGCGCCCACUGCAUGGAGAGUGUGCAGGCUGCUGAGUGACCCGCCUUGUCUCAGCUCAUGGGAAGCAUGGCUCCCGUCCUGGGGCUGGCCUUGGCCUCCUGCAUUCUGACCCUGGCAUCUGCGGAGCAGCAAGGUCCCCAAAACCCCACCAAAGCCAAUUCUUACGAGCAGGUCUUGGAGUGCGGAGCCCCUGGCACCCCAGAGGCCGAGCACUGCUUUGACCCCUGCAAGAAUUACACCCUCCUGGACGAUCCCUCCCGAAGCACAGAGAAUGCGGAAUUAGCCGAGAACUGUGACAAAGACUUGCACGGCUGGUACCGCUUUGUGGGCACUGGAGGAGAGAAGAUGCCGGUAGACUGUGUCCCCGUGUACAGAUGCCAGACAGCUGCUCCCCUGUGGCUGAAUGGCACCCACCCCACCGUCGGGGAGGGCAUCGUCAACCGAACCGCCUGUGCCCACUGGAGCGGCAACUGCUGCUUCUGGAAGACGGAGGUGCUGACGAAGGCCUGCCAGGGCGGGUACCACGUGUACCGGUUGGAAAGCACCCCCCAGUGUAAUCUGAGAUAUUGCACAGACCCCACCACUGCCAUCGUGGAGAACAAGUGUGAGAAGACCUGCCGCCCAGAGGAGGAAUGCCGCCUUGACAAUGGCACCUGGAGCUGCUUCUGCAGAAAGGACCUCAACAGCUCGGAUGUCAACAGUUUGCAGCCUCAGCUGGACUGUGGGGCUAAGGAGAUGAAAGUGUCGGUGGACAAGUGCCUGCUGGGAGGCCUGGGUUUCGGGGACUCGGUCAGCGCCUACCUGCAGGACCGGAACUGGAACUGCAGCAGCGCCACACAAAGACAGGAUGGGAACUGGAUCUCCGUGGUCAGCCCUGCGCAGGCUGGUGCCUGUGGUAACGUCCUGGAGAGAAACCAAACCCAUGCCAUCUACAAAAACACCCUCUCCUUGGUCAACAAUUUCAUCAUCAGAGACACCAUCCUCAGCAUCGGCUUCCAGUGCGCGUACCCCCUGGACAUGAAAGUCAGCCUCCAGACUGCCCUGCAGCCCAUCGUAAGCUCCCUGAACAUCAGUGUGGACGGGGCGGGAGACUUCAUUGUCCGGAUGGCCCUUUUCCAAGACCCAAACUACACGUAUCCGUACGAAGGGGCUGCAGCCGUGCUGUCCGUGGAGUCCAUGCUCUACGUGGGUGCCAUCCUGGAGAUAGGAGACACCUCCCACUUCAACCUGGUGCUGAGGAAUUGCUAUGCCACGCCCAGUGGGGACAGGGCUGACCCCGUGAGAUAUUUCAUCAUCAGAAACAGCUGCCCAAAUCAACGGGAUUCCACUAUCCGCGUGGAAGAGAAUGGAGUAUCUUCAGAAAGCCGGUUCUCGGUUCAGAUGUUCAUGUUUGCUGGAAAUUAUGACCUAGUUUUCCUGCAUUGUGAGGUUUCUCUCUGCGAGUUCCUUAAAGAACAGUGCCAGCCGUCCUGCUCAAAUAGCCAAGUCCGCGGUGAAGGAGGAGCUAUCGACCCAGCCCGGGUUCUAGAUCUGGGACCCAUCACCCGGAGAGGUGCCCAGUCUCUUGGCGUCAUGAGCGGAACCCCCAGCGCAGCAGGGUUCCUGGUGGCCUGGCCCAUGCUCCUCCUGCCUCUUCUCCUGGCUGCGCUGUUCUGAGAGCCCCACUGGCAUCGGGCCUUGAAGCUCCCGUUCGUCGCUCUGGCAAUGGUUUCCAAUCACCCUACAGCUCAGCCGGUUCUCUCUCCGCAUCACACAGGCGGUCUUGGUGUUCACAGACUCCGGGCCAGGCGGGGUUUGGGGCCAAAGAAGACCUUUCUUUUGUUUGAUACUCUCAAUGCCUUUGCAUUCCUCUUUUUCUCGUGGUGGGGGCCCUGUCGCCUGGCCUGGCCUGCCUUCCUCAUUCAUUAGCAGGAUCUUGAAAGCAGACGGGCUGGGCGCCUCUGUGGCCACAAGUGCAGCCCAUGCUUCUCCUUGUCAUUGCGGCGAAGGGCCGGGAGGUGAAUUUGUAAAAGAGGUACCUCGAGGUACCUGUCUUCCCAAGUAUCCCCUCUCUGAUUUGCUGUUGAAUUGAACAGACCAGUGCUAGCUCUGGCCCUGCUCCCUCUAAUGUGUUUCCAUCACGGUCUCAACAAUCGCCACCGGAACAUGUUGCAAAGGGGCCCCUUUUGGAGAUGCUGCUCCAGGGGACACUGGGCCCCAUUGCUCCCUUGUGCCCCGUCACACCACAGACUCGCUUUGACGUGGCUAGAACUACGCAGACCCCUACCCUUGGGAUCUGGAUGCUGGAGGAACUGCUCGAUUGGGGUGCAGAGAUGCUGUCACCCCAGAGCACACCUCUAGCUAUAAAUACUGAUACCCUUGCUCUGGACAGUUAAGCAGGGACUCCCAGUAUAAAAUCAUGCAUCAAUUCUGCCAUGGGGUUGUAGAGGCAGAGCUGGGGGAGGGUGAAGUCCCUUUCUGGAAGCCUUUCAUGAACCCUCACAAAGCCUCCACCAAAAUGCCAGAGGCAGGCAAUGCUUUGCCUUUCCACAGCCGUGCAGGAGGCACCUCCAAGCUGGCCUCAGGGAAAGUGACAGGAUCAGGGCCAGGCUCCCAGGGCAGAGCCUGUUCAUCUGCUAGCAGGGGACUUGCCAAUGUGCCACGCUGUUCCCGUGAUGCUACGGUUGCAAGAAACAGAAACCUGCUCCAAAGGACUCAGGCCAAAGGGGAAUUGAUUAGAACGAUACAGGAGCAUGAAGUCCAAGGGCAGAAGACACAGCCUGGCUGCUUAUAGGUGAACCCCGAGGAAUCAAAGUCUGUGGAUCUUUCCAUCCGUCGCUCUUCCUGGAACCAUGCAGCCUUCACACCCUCUGUCUUUGUGUGGCCCCUUCAUUUCCCCCUCUCUCUGUGAAACUAGCUUUUCCUGUCCAUCCAUCAUCCUUGAUUAAAUGCGGAUGCUGCAGCUUCA